AUGACUCCAAACUUUUCUAUUCUUUAUUUAUUUUUUAAUUUAUUUUAUCAUGGUUAUUGUUAUAAAUUUCCAAAUGAAAUUAUUGAAACUCCAAUUGUAACAUGUGAACCUGAUCGUGUUACAAUUAAAAUUAAAACAACAUUAACAAAUCCUUCUGUAAUUUAUGCUGACAAUUUUUUAGAAGAUAGUGAUUGUGCUGUUUAUAAUAUGAAUCAUAUAUCAUUUCCUCAUGGUAAAUGUGGUAUGACAUCUGAAAAUAUGUCAUCUCCAAAUGGUAUACUUCAACGAAUAUGUAUAUCUGUACAAUUACAUCCAUUAUUUGUAACAGAAUCUGAUAAAUAUUAUUGUGCUCAAUGUGUUUAUAUGGAAUCAAAUGUUGUUAAUAAUUUAGAACAAACAUUAUCUGUUAGUGAUGCAACACCUAAUGAAUUAGAACCAAUGUUUGAUGAUGUAAGUGUCCCAAAAUGUAGUUAUUCUAUAAGACGUGGAAGUAAAGAUGGCCCAAAUAUUCAUUAUACAACAAUUGGUGAAGUAGCAUAUCAUGUAUGGACAUGUAAUAAUGAAAAUGUUGGAAUAUUAGUUCAAAAUUGUUAUGUUGAAGAUUUUCAUGGUAAUAAAAUAUUAAUAAUUGAUCAAAAUGGAUGUGGAGUUGAUCAAUAUGUUUUACCAACUCCAGAAUAUACAAGUGAUCUACAAACAGCUUAUCAAAAAACACAUGUUUUUAAAUUUGCUGAAAAUACAUUAACAAAAUUUACUUGUCAAAUAAGGUUAUGUCUUAAAAAUAAUUCAAACAAAUGUAAAAAUAUAACACCUCCAUCAUUAUGUCCUACAGUAGAAGAAAGAGAACAAGGUGUAUUAGUGCAUAAAAAUGAAUCAUUUAAUGAAGAUAUAGAUUCUGAAAAUACAAAUUUAAAUUAUAAUGAUAUAAAUAAUAAAAAAAAUGAUUUAAAUGUUGAAAAAAUAACAAAGACUACAAAUGUAAAUAGUCAUGAUUAUAAUCCUUCAUCAAAUGGAUAUAUUAGAAGAUUUAGAAGAACAAUAACUUUAACAGCUAAUGGAACAAAUAUGGUUGAAUUAAAUAAAAAAUCAUAUAGAUUAAUAAAUACACCAGAAGGUCAGUAUCCAGAACUUGAUGUUGUUGGAUUAAUUAGAAUUGUUGAUUCACAAGAAGAAGCUGAUAUAUUAGAAUCAAGAAUAAAAAAAAAUUUUGAAAAAAAAUAUAAUGAUUAUAAGGAUGAAACAGAGGAAUCUGAAAUGAAAUGCAUGUCAAAUUAUUCAUAUUGGUUAGCGAUAAUUUUAAUGGUAUCUUUUGCAUCAUUUCAAGUUAUAGCUUUAUGUAUUUUUUUACCAAAAUAUUCAAAUAUUUCAAGAAAUGUUAAAAAAAUGAAAAGUUUUUGUUAA